CUCCAGCCAGCCGCCUUUAGUAGUAUCUGUGCCGCAGACCGCCGUCACCACCACCGCCACGGAAUCGCUCCAUCAUCCCACCGCAUCACCACUCCUCGUCGCCCGCAACCACCUCGACCGCGACCCUCCCUCUCCCGCCCGGCCGCCGAACGAGACGAGCCUCACCACGUCGACGUACGCACGCACGAUGAGCACGCGCCCGGCGGGCUCCGACGACGACGACGACUGCCGCUGCUGCUGCUAUUGCUUCUAGACGGGCUGGGGGUUGUACACCUAGGAGGAACACGCAACCUGCGCAAGCCCCACGCGGGGCACCACGCCCGCAAUCAUGUACGAAGAAGCCUCCGCCGCCCCCGCGAGCGAAGCGCGCGCACGCCCGCGGCUGCGACGCGUCGGCUCGAAGGACCGCACCCAAGAAGAGAGAGAGAGAGAGAAAGAGAGCAAUGAUGGGCUGACUUGGCGGGUUUGUGUAGGUUCGAAAAGUCGCUCUACGACCUCAUCCGCGGGCUGCGGAACCACAAGGGCAAUGAGAAGGACUACAUACAGAAGAGCUUGAAGGAGUGCCGGAUUGAGGUCCGGAGCCAAGAUAUGGAUGUCAAGGCGACGGCGCUCCUCAAGCUCAUCUACCUCGAGAUGGUGGGCUACGACAUGUCCUGGGCGUCCUUUCAUGUCCUCGAGGUCAUGUCCUCUGCCAAGUACCACCAGAAGCGCGUUGGAUAUCUCGGCGCCAUCCAGAGCUUUCGUCCAGACACCGAGGUGCUUAUGCUGGCCACCAACUUGCUCAAGAAGGACCUCGGCUCGUCUACUCCGACCGUCAUCUCCCUGCCCAUCGCGACCCUUCCUCACGUCAUCACCCCCUCGCUUGCACUCUCGACGCUCGCCGACCUGCUCCCGCGCCUGAGCCACAGCCACUCCAACAUCCGGAAGAAGACGCUGGUCACUCUGUACCGCUUGGCCCUGGUGUACCCUGAGGCGUUGCGCGCAGCAUGGCCCAAGAUCAAGGAGCGCCUGAUGGACCCCAACGAGGACCCAAGUGUCACGGCUGCCAUUGUCAACGUCGUUUGCGAGCUGGGUUGGCGGAGACCUCAUGACUUCUUACCCCUGGCGCCUAGGCUUUUUGAGCUUCUCGUGGACGGAGGAAACAACUGGAUGGCCAUCAAGCUCAUCAAGCUCUUUGCAACCCUCACGCCUCUGGAACCGCGCCUGGUCAGGAAGCUGCUUCCGCCCCUGACCAACAUCAUGUCGACCACGGCUGCCAUGUCUCUCCUAUACGAAUGCAUUAACGGUAUCAUUCAGGGUGGCAUCCUUGGCAAUGAGGAUGAUGCGUCAGGGGCAGACGAGGUCGCCACGCUUUGCGUCAAUAAGCUUCGGGGGAUGAUUAUGAUUAACGGCGAUCCGAACCUGAAAUACGUUGCGCUAUUGGCUUUCAACAAGAUUGUCGUCACGCACCCGUAUCUUGUUGCCCAGCAAGAAGACGUUAUUUUGGAGUGUAUCGAUAGCCCCGACAUCACAAUCCGGAUUCAAGCCCUCGACUUGGUGAAGGGCAUGGUCACGAGCGACAACCUCAUCUCCGUUGUCAGCCGCCUGAUGAAGCAACUCAAAUCUUCUGCACCGUCUCAAGACCGCAGCAGGCCUGAAUCAGGCUCUCUGGUUCCCAGCAGCGACUCAGAUUCUGAUGCACAAGUCGCCAUCACCGAAGCACCCAGGCCAGAAAACGAGCUACCGCCUCUGCCUGAGGAUUACCGGAUUGAUGUCAUCAAGAGAAUACUUUAUAUGUGCUCCAAAGACAAUUACGCCAACAUUGUUGACUUUGAUUGGUAUCUUGACGUCCUAACGCAGCUUGUUCGGAUGGCGCCCGUGCCACGGACUUUUGACAACGAGUUCGAAGGCGAUACGGCUUCGCGGGCAUCCUCGGACGUGUCCGAGAGGAUCGGCGAUGAGCUACGUAAUGUCGCAGUCAAGGUCAGGGCCAUGAGGGGAACGGCCGUUCGGGCCUGCGAGAUCAUACUUGUGCAGCUGAACGCAGAUACCCCGCCGGCACACACGAUAACAUCGGGAGCGCUCAAGUCUGUGGCAUUUGUUCUGGGCGAGUACGCUGUGCAGCUGUCGACGCCAGAUGACACGCUCAAUAGUCUGCUUCAAGUUGUUCCUCGAGCUGGGAAGCCCGAGGUCUGCACGACUGCCUUGCUGGCCAUCACCAAGGUGUUCGCCUCGGUUGCUGGAGACGACACGGAGCCAUGGAAUGCUGAGAGGAAGUCGAGAAUAUCUCUCCUGAUGGCUCGUAUUCUUCACGUCGCGGAACCGCUCGCGCUGCACCCUAAUCUUGAGGUACAGGAACGGGCCGUCGAGUUUAUCGAGUUGCUUAAGCUCACAGCAGAGGCGGCUUCUGGACAACCGGCUUCUACCGACGACGAGCCACAGGACCCGCCGCUGCUCCUAACGCAAGCCAUACCAUCGCUGUUCAACGGGUGGGAGCUGAACUCGGUUGCGGUGGGGGCCCAACGAAACGUGCCGCCGCCCGAUGGCCUGGACCUGGACGAGCCCAUCCAUCAGAAUCUGAAUCACCUUCUCUCGCAGGCCAACUUGAUCACCCUCGAGCCAGACGCAGAAGACGAGUUUGAAGUCUACUACAACCAACGACCCCCGCCAACGAGCGUCUCGUCUUCGGCGCCGGCCAUGAGCCGACUGACAGAGCCGCCGGAAGCGAUGGCAGGGUCGUAUCAGCAGCAACCAAGCGAGGAUAGCUACCUCGACGCAGACAUUGUUGCGCGAAGGAAAGCCGAGCGGCUGGAGAGAAACAGGGACGACCCCUUUUAUAUCCCAAGCAACGACACACCACGCACUUCGACCCCUAUCCACAACAUUUUGCAGAACAGCAACGGGCCCGACCUGGACAUUGACUCUAUACCCAUCAUGCAGCUGGACCUCAACAACAUGCAGGGCCCAUCUGCGCCAGCGCCGAAGCCUCAGCCCAAACCCCGGCGAAAGGUUGUCAUUGCCGCCGACGAGACGCUGGAAGGCAGCGACGGCGGUUCCGGUCGAAACUACGACUCUGAGAACAACUCGGACAGCCUGGGGGUCAAGUCCAAGGGCAAGAAGCUCAAGAAGUCACUGCUGCAAGUGGACUCGACCACGAUUGGAUCCUUCAGUCUGGAAGGCGAACGGCCCGCCGACGGGUUCGACUACGAGAGGCAGCAGCGCGAGGAGGCGGAGAUGCAGCAGGCCAUGAAGGAGGUGGAGCGGCUGCGCCUCGAGAUGCAGCGCGCAAACGAGCGCAUGCAGGUGGCUCAGGGCGUCGACGUCGAGGGCACCGUCAUCAGAAAGAAGAAGAAGAAGGCGGCUGCGAAGAAGGCGGGCAACGACGAGGAGGGCGUGGAGGUCAAGCCCAAGAAGAAGAAAAAGAAGAAGCCCGUCACGGACGAGGAGGGCACCGUUGGGGACGCGAACCUUGUCCUGGAGCAGCAGCAGCACCUGCCGGCUGGAGAGCCCGUGACCGUGGCGCCGAAGAAAAAGAAGUCCAAGAAGGCUGCCUCGAAGAAGCCCAUGGGUGAGGACGAGGCCGCGCUGCAGGACAUGCUGGAGACGUGAUGACGCGUCGGGUCGGGUUUGUGCUGGAUGGACAUCAUCAGUGCGCCGCCUCGGCGGGCUGGAUGGCACACUCACGCGGGACAAAGAGGUGGGAGGCCGAGGAGAAGGGGGGUACCUUCAGUGAACAUAGAUAGGGCAACGCGUCUGGCGGGCGUCGAGCAUAUUCAACAACUGCACAUCAAAC